GUGGAAGAUCAUCAAAAAAACUAUGUACGAUGUAGAAAUAUACAAGGUGUUCCAUUCGACAUUGUUGAGAAAAGCCAAUCGUGGACGGUUUAAAAGCUGUAGGCCAUCACAUGAUACGGGAUGUCAGCAGAGGAAGUUCCAUCAUUUGUGGAUUACUGAGAAAAGCUGGAAAAAUCAUAGGCAACGCCGAUUGGAGGAAAGGAGGCGAUGUAUACGGAUUAUAGAUAUCCAAAUUGUAUAGAUUUUAGCGUUUAUUGACAAACUCAUGUAGAACAAGUCGGAGUGCAUUUUUUUCAUAUCGUUACUUUUAUCCGUUAGAUUGAGAUUAAUUGAUCGCUUAUUUUUUCUUCCGUCGUCAUAUCACAUAGCAACCAAUGAGACUUAAACAGAUCAAGUGAUAUGUUUCACUGUAUAGAACUGAUUUGACUUAUUUUCAAAUCAUGUAUAAAGGUAUUAAUAAUAAAUUAUGA